UCCUCUGAAAGGAGAUUACUUGCUAGGUCUUUGGAACAAGAUCGUCGACAGGAACGAACCAUGGAACGACUUCCAGCGGUAUCCUCUGAAAGACGUUCCACUGCUAGAUCUGUCUCCCUUGAUCGUCGGCAAGAUCGAAGUGCUGAGCACGUGCCUCGAGAAUCCUCUGAAAGGAGGUUACUUGCUAGGUCUUUGGAACAAGAUCGUCGCCAGGAACGCACUAUGGAACGACUUCCAACAAAAUCCUCUGAAAGACGUUCCACUGUUAGAUCUGUCUCCCUUGAUCGUCGGCAAGAACGAAGUGCUGAGCGCCUGUCUCCAGAAUCCGCUGAACGGAGGUUACUUUCUCGGUCUUUGGAACAAGAUCGUCGCCAGGAACGGACUAUGGAACGACUUCCAUCGAAAUCCUCUGAAAGACGUUCCAGUGUUAGAUUUGUCUCCCUGGAUCGUCGACAAGAACGAAGUGCUGAACGUCUGUCUCGAGAAUCCUCUGAAAGGAGAUUACUUGCUAGGUCUUUGGAACAAGAUCGUCGCCAGGAGCGGAGUAUAGCACGAUUUCCAACAAAAUCCUCUGAAAGACGUUCCACUGUUAGAUCUGUCUCCCUUGAUCGUCGGCAAGAACGAAGUCCUGAGCACGUGCCUCGAGAAUCCUCUGAAAGGAGGUUACUUGCUAGGUCUUUGGAACAAGAUCGUCGCCAGGAACGCACUAUGGAACGACUUCCAACAAAAUCCUCUGAAAGACGUUCCACUGCUUUGGAACAAGAUCGUCGCCAGGAACGGACUAUGGAACGACUUACAUCGAAAUCCUCUGAAAGACGUUCCAGUGUUAGAUCUGUCUCCCUGGAUCGUCGACAAGAACGAAGUGCUGAACGUCUGUCUCGAGAAUCCUCUGAAAGGAGGUUACUUGCUAGGUCUUUGGAACAAGAUCGUCGCCUGGAACGGAAUGUGGAAAUACUUUCUAGGGAUGACUCUGGAAGAAGAUCCACUUCUAGGUCUGUCUCCCUGGAUCGUCGACAAGAACGAAGUGCUGAGCGCCUGUCUCGAGAAUCCUCUGAAAGGAGAUUACUUGCUAGGUCUUUGGAACAAGAUCGUCGCCAGGAGCGGAGUAUAGCACGAUUUCCAACAAAAUCCUCUGAAAGACGUUCCACUGUUAGAUCUGUCUCCCUUGAUCGUCGACAAGAACGAAGUGCUGAGCGCCUGUCUUCAGAAUCCUCUGAACGGAGGUUACUUUCUCGGUCUUUGGAACAAGAUCGUCGCCAGCAACGGACUAUGGAACGACUUCCAAUGAAAUCCUCUGAAAGACAUUCCACUGUUAGAUCUGUCUCCCUUGAUCGUCGGCAAGAACGAAGUACUGAGCGCCUGUCUCGAGAAUCCUCUGAAACGAGGUUACUUGCUAGGUCUUUGGAACAAGAUCGUCCCCUGGAACGGAAUGUGCAGCGACUUUCUAGGGAUGACUCUGAAAGACGAUCCACUUAUAGAUCUGUCUCCCUGAAUCGUCGACAAGAACGAAGUGCUAAACGUCUGUCUCGAGAAUCCUCUGAAAGGAGGUUACUUGCUAGGUCUUUGGAACAAGAUGGUCGACAGGAGCGGACUAUGGCACGACUUCCAACGAAAUCCUCUGAAAGACGGUCCACUGUUAGAUCAGUCUCCCUUGAUCGUCGGCAAGAACGAAGAGCUGAGCGCCUGUCUCGAAAAUCCUCUGAACGGAGAUUACUUGCUAGGUCUUUGGAACAAGAUCGUCGCCAGGAACGGAAUAUGGAACGACUUUCUAGGGGUGCCUCUGAAAAACAAUCGACUUUUAGGUCUGUCUCCCUGGACCGUUGGCAUGAACAAAGUGCUGAGUAUCGUUCUCGAGAGUCGUCUGAAAGGAGUCUACUUGUGACAUCUUUGGAGCUAGAUCUUCGCCACGUACGAAAAAUGCAGCAGCUCUCAAAGGAUACUUCAGAGAGGCUAUCAACUACCAGAUCUGUCUCCCUGGAUCUUCGGCAAGAACGAAGAGCUGAACAUUUGUCUCGUGAAUCCUCUAGUAGGCACUCACUUGCCUGGUCUUCAUCGCUGGAUCGUCGCCAAGAGCGUAAUAUUGUGGUACAUGCUGAAGAUUCUUCUAGGAAGCAUCGUUAUCAAUGGACUGCAGUUCGUUUGUCGAGAGACAUCUCACACAAGCGAUCAGUGAUUAAAUCUGACCUAAUCAGUCUUAGUGAGCGGCGGAACGUGGAUCUGCUUUGGAAGCAAUCUCUUGUUAGACUAGCAGCGUCUCUGCCUCUAUCGGGAGAUAGACUAAAUCGUCGUCUGCAGAAGGAGCUAACGCUGAGCUCUGGGCGACGACUCACGAGUUCUUCCUUAUUUAUGGAUAGAAGAACAGAUGCUGCUUCUGUUAUGAGUUAUUUACCAGCUGGUCGACAGAACCAGGCGGGCGACAUUGACGGAUCAGCAGUUUCAAACACCAGGAGUACCGCUGAUAAUACACGGGCAGCCGCCAUAUUCCUACCAAAGACUGAGUCCUUCAGCUGGGGACGCUUACCGCUUGACAUUAACCUCUGCAUCGCCUCUAUCGUGUUAAUCCUGAUUCAAUGGAUGGACCACUCACAGAAAGGGGUGCAGAGACACUGGAGUGUGGACGAAUCCGCGAGCGAGGCUUCGUCUGGGAAGAUGAACUGGGACGGAGUUGGCAGGAGCCUGUGGCAGCUGGCCGGGGGCGGCACCGCCUCCGCGCUGUCCGCCGCCUGAGCCGCCCCCGACGCCACCUCUCCGCCCCCCGACGCCGCCUCCAGCCUCGCCGCUAGUCGCCGCCAGCCGAGCCGUAGUGCAGACCCCAGCCGACGCUUCUAGGGACCACACUCGUAUACAAAGACGAGAAUAAAUUAUUUUUCUCUCAGGAAAAAAAAAAUAUUUUUAUUUCGAAGAUAAAGUGUCUGUUCACUGAUUUGUAACGUCAGACUUUUAUCGAUCUGUUACUGUGUUAAUCGACAAUGUAUUUUACAGUUCGUUGUAGUGUAGAACCAAGAAACGUAGUUAAUAUUCAGAUUACGAGUACUUCGUGUAGCGCUAGCUAGAACAUUCCUGUUAUUCCACCUGUAUACUGCUGUGACAAAUUCUCCUGUACCUGUCAUGUGGUAAAUACGACAACA